AUGGACACCGAACCGAAGCCAACGUAUGUCGUGCAGCAGGCUCACUGCCUGGGAAUGAAGUGCCCUCCUUCUGAGGACUUUCCUCAUCAGGUAAGACUGACUGAGAAGAUACCACCAGUGAAACCUUGCUUCAAGAAGAAGCAGCAAGUGCAGAAGAGACUGGACACACAAACUCUCUGUGCUUUGCGGCCCAUCUUUACCAGUUUGCUGGGAGCUGGGACCUUGGAUAGGGUCUUUGUGCCCUGCGGCCAAGGUGGCAGCCACAGUGAUUUAUGUGAACCUGCUGUGAAAAAAACUCUGGAUCUCGGUACUUCUUGCCCCCAAGCAGAAAAUGAUGUGAGAGUGCUGAUGCCAGCAGUUCCGGAUGGGCAGAGUCAGUUGCCAGUGGCUCAUCCUUCUUCUGGGCAUCCCGAGCAGGAUGUCCAGUCAGGAGAACAAGGCUUCAUACCAGAAACGGCUCCUGGAGCUGCUGCUGAUAGUGGUAAUGAAUCAUUCCAGGAUCACCCUUUGCACCCAGCUGCGAGCAAUGGUGCAGCUUGUCCUUUGUUCCCUGACAAAAUGCUGGAAAGCUACACAUCUGGCUUAUUCCAGGAGAACAGCUGUCCUGUGCAAUACCAUGUGGACCCAAGCAAUAAAUUCAGUGCUGGGAUAUUCCAGGAUAAAAGUGAAGAAGCUUCUCUAGAUCUGGUAUUUGAGCUCUUGAACCAGCUGCAGUAUCAUACCCAUCAGGAAGAUGGGAUUGAAAUCUGUGUGGAUUUUCUGCAGGGCAUUUGUCUUUAUGGCAGUGAUUGUCCCAAACAUCACACGGUCUUGCCAUACCAUUGGCAAGUGAGGAGGACAGCAACCCAGAGCUGGCAAAGUGUCACCAACGAUUCCCAGGAGCAUCUGGAAAGGCUCUACUGCAACCCUGACAACGACAGGAUCAAAGUGAAGUAUCGGGCCCAUGAGUUUUGGGUGGACUUGAAUGCUAUGAAGUUGUACGAAACAGUUGAGUUUGACCAAAUGCGGCGGCUGUCCACACCUUCCUGCCCCAGCUCCAGCUCCAGCUCCUUCACUGUCUGGAAAUACUUCUGCAGGGACCACUUCGGCUGGAGGGAGUACUCAGAGCCUGUUGUCAGACUGAUAGAAGAAGCCAGCUGCCGGGGUCUGAAGGAGGUUCGGUUUAUCACCUGGCAUAACCAAUACAUCUUAAAUAUCAAAGAUGGGUUCCAGCAAAAUGCAUGUUUCAGGAGAGAAAUCAAGAGGAGACCCCUUCUUCGCUCCUGCGUUGUGCUGAUGCCGUUUUUACAGUAA